AUGGACCUGCGCGCAUCUGUUGAAGACGCCGAGGAUGCGGCAGCCGGCUUCACCACCUUUCGUGCUCCUGUUCCUCAACAUGCGGCUGAAGUGACCGCCUUGAUAUCGGACCUUUAUGCCAUCAGCGCCUCCUUCACCAGCCUGGAUGCUUUUUCGAAAAACCCUCAAUACCAGUCCAAUUGGGCUUACGCCUGGCACGAUGUGGAUUUGGUGCGACAGAGCUUCAAAUUCACUAUAGAGGAUAUGUUUAAAUAUUUUUACCGUUUGGAUAAUGGCAAUAACACUCCGGAAAAUUACCAAAGAGUAUGGCUCUCAUUGAAUCGAUUCUUUCAGGAUGAAUCAAGGCAUCCGCUUGCAAUUCGCCUGGGAAGAUACAAGACUUUUCUCAAAGGUCUGGAGGGUAAUAUAUUAGCCAAUCGAAGUCAUGAUCAUACCCGCCUUGAAUCCCCUCGCAGCGCCAUGAGGUCGCUCCUCGCCUUGCAGGAAAGCAGCCGAAUGCCUCCGGUUCCGACUUCGGUUCCCGAUAAUUUACACCAAGGUCUCGGCAGCUUAGCCCUUGGAGGUUAUACUGUGCAUGAUGAGGAUGAGGAGCCCUUUGAGGAGUUUCGGCGUGAAACGCGUGGAUCGCGUCAAUCGCGCGAUCAUAAACCAACCUUGCGUCCCCUCUCUCGCCCCCAUUCUAGAGCGCGUAUAGUGGAACCCAUGAGCCCGAUCAGCCCGGUCAGUGACCGUGACCGGCGACAUCGUCGGUCAUUUGAGAGGCCAAGGCCUCCACAUCUGUCUCAGGCUCCCCUGUCCCCGUCGUCUGGUACAGGUACAUUUUCCGACAGUAUUCCUCCUUCUGCUCCGGAUGCACCUCCAACACCGUUGACUGGAUCAGUGUCUGCCACGACAACUACCACCACUACUACCACAACCACCAGCCGCUCUGCUCGCAAUGAUGCUAUAAAGUAUCAUUGGGUGAGAGAUAUCUUUAGCACUUAUGAUACUGAGACCGCACUUCCAAACUCACCGGAGAGAGCAGGAUGUUACGACGACGCCCACUUGGGGCUCAAGGAUACUCUCAAAGAACAAGGGUUUGAAAGAAUUCUUCAAUUGGCCUUCAAUGACGAUUCGAGGAUAACAGUCUACUUCUAUUUGCGGGAGAAAGACCACCGCGCUCGAAUUGUUUGCAAGAAACCUCACCGGACUCGAUCAAGUGAAUACUUCUGUAUGCCCCUGAAUAUGUUGGAGGUUGUCCGAACAGGAUCCUCUCUUCAAUUGUGCCGGAGAAAACACUCGGGCAGGGAUUUGACCCUGUGGGCCCAAUUCAAGUUCGCAACAAUUGAAAGCAUGGUGGUGUUCUUCUGUUCUUUCUUGGCUCUUCGUUCCCAAGAUGCCGGUCGACCUAUCGAAAACAUUCAGGACUACGAACUGGCAGAUGAGGAGGAGCUAUAUGGCGGCCAAAUCGUCGAUGAUGAAUAUGGCCAUGCCCUACGUGUGUAUCAAGACAGGAUCUCAGGAGCGGUGCGACUGCAAGCGUCUGUUCACAAAGGGCCGAUGAAUCGGACUCCCGUCUGGACCGCCUUCGUUACUCAUCAGCUCACGCGACGGGGCUGGUUAAAAACUUUGAAUUCGCGGUCUGUGGCAGUUCGCGACUUGAAGCUCACGAUCCUUAUGUCGGCGGACGACUACAAUCCGCCAAUGACCGAUCGCGGAGACCAUAUUCUGAAGUUUAAUACUCGGAGCGAUGCCGAGGGCUUUAAGGGCACGAUGGAAGAGAUAGCGAUGAAUAUUCGCUAA